AUGGUCGCGGCGUCGCCGGAGCGCGAGAAGAAGAAACAGAAGCAGAGGAGAGGAGAGCAGAGAGGAGUGGAAUGUGGAAUAAUAGAGCUGAAGUUGCAGGAUACAGCUGGAUGCAACCUAAGGCAUGGGGCAUUGGCUGCAAAAUUCAAUAGAUCAGAUGAAACAGUUGGCUGCUGCUUCAGUGUUGCAAAGAUACUGAGAAGUGACUUGCACCGGAACGCAAAUCAAGGUGUCCCAGUUGAGCUCAGCGAACAAGUUGCAUCAAAUUUGUCAAAAAGAGUUGUUUCAGUUGCUCUGUUCGAUGGACAAACAGUGUUAUUUGCAUGCUCGGGCAUACCUGUAGAAUGUCUGGGGAAUGUUACAAGGUUUGUGACUUCAGCAAGAUUGGCUAAAGCUUUCAACGAUAAAAAGAAAGACCAUGAUGAUUUGAAGGUGUUAGUGCGCCAUGAAGACAAAGUCGUCACUGGGUUUUUGGAUAAAUAUGAUUCAUAUCUCAACAUUGCUGCUGUCAACGUCAUGGACAUGCCUGAUCUUCACACCUUAUGGGUUGCGCUCUUAUACGAUUCUUCUGUACAACUAACAAAACUGUUGACCUUGUAUCUUCAACCAGAUGGCAUGAUCUUGGUUAACACUUUUGAAGAGCCUUUCGGCGAUGAAUGUGGUGAAGGUGUUUGGAGUGAACUAAGUGAAACAACUUGUGACAUAUUAAAGAGAAAUAUUGUAGCACUCGCUUCAUUCUGUGAAGGGAAGAGGAUUUUUGCAUGCACGGGUCUUUUUAUUGAAUGGAAGGGGUUUACAGCAAUCUUGACUUCAGCGAGCUUGCUUAGAGAACCUGGUUGUGAAGAUCAGAAGAUUGUUAAAAACUUGAGGAUUGAAGUGUUGCUUCCAAACAAAGGUCGCGCGGAAGGGAAAUUACAACAUGUUAGUUUACAUUACAAUGUCGCUCUGGUCAGCGUCAAGGAUUUUUGUGCUAGCCAACCAGCAGUGAAAGUUGAACAUCGGUGGCCUGAUUCUGGUAAAGUACUAGCUGUCGGGUGCUGCUUCAGUUCCGGCAGACUGAUGGCUGCAAGAGGGCAAAAGUAUGGCAGGCCGAAUGUCCAAUUUGAUUGCAAAUAUCUUGGAUACUCUACUUGCAAAAUCACCAAGGCUGGGAUUGGAGGUCCCCUUGCUGAUCUUGAUGGGAAAUUUGUGGGCAUGAACUUCUAUGACAAGUAUGUAGGUCACACACCGUACCUGUCAUGGCGGGAGAUUGUCCCUCUCCUGGAAUAUUUUGAGACAAAAGGGCCUGUUGCUGAAGGCGGUGAUUAUGGUAAUCCAUCCGAUAAGCCUGACUGGACAAAGGAAGGAGAUAACAGUGUUUCCUGUAAUAGCUGGUUUGUACCGAGUCCACGUUGGUAUGAUCCUGACGUUCUGGAAAAGGUCGAGCGUGAAGCUUUAUCAAUAGUCCCCCGCUAUCUACCUUAUGACUGUAUAUCUGAAUCUGAUUCUGAAUCUGAAUGA